AUGUCUGUAACCAUCGACAGUAAUGUGCCUCAAGAUUUGCCCGAUCGAAUCGGUCCAGAAAUGGCUCCCAAGCGCUCCUUCAGCGAACACAUCCAACACAUUUCGAGGGCCUUCACCACGAAGCAGGGACUCAUUGGCACAUAUGACUAUGCCUUCCUCUUCAAACCCAAUCUUCCUUUUAUGAAGAAGUCCAAGCAACAAGCCCCCUUUUUUGGCCUUCAAGAUCGGAUGCCCGUUUUCCUGGCCCUGCUGCUUGGAUUCCAACAUUCUCUUGCUAUGCUUGCUGGUAUCAUAGCACCCCCAAUGAUCAUCGCCGGCGCGGCAGCAUUCGACCAGCAAACCACACAAUAUCUCGUCUCGACCUCCCUGAUCGUCUGUGGUAUUUUAUCAUCCGUGCAAAUUACUCGUUUCCACAUCUACAAGACCCCGUACUAUGUCGGCACAGGUCUGAUCUCCGUCGUCGGCACCUCGUUCUCCAUGAUCCCCAUUGCUACCAAAGGCCUGGCGCAGAUGUAUGCCAAUGGCAAGUGCCCUUCAGCGGCAGAUGGCACCCCUCUCCCUUGCCCCGCAGGUUAUGGGGCGCUUCUCGGCACGGCCUCCCUUUGCUCGCUGCUUGAGAUUGGGCUCUCGUUCAUGACUCCAAAGACUCUGAAGAAGCUCUUCCCUCCGAUUGUGACAGGCCCAACCGUGACGCUCAUUGGGGUGGCCUUAGUCCAGACAGGUUUUCAGGAUUGGGCAGGGGGCUCCGGAUCUUGCAUGGGCCGACCUACAAGUGGUGAUUAUAUGCUUUGUCCGUCAAACACAGCACCUCAUGCGCUCCCUUGGGGAAGUGCCCAGUUCAUUGGUCUCGGGUUCUCUGUUUUUGUCACCAUCAUCAUCUCCGAGAGGUGGGGGUCGCCAAUCAUGAAGUCUCUGAGUGUCAUUGUAGGCCUCCUAGUUGGUUGCAUCAUUGCAGCAGCAACGGGUUACUUUGACAAGAGCACUAUCGAUGUCGCCCCAGUUGCGUCUUUUAUCUGGGUUAAGACUUUCCCUCUGUCCGUCUAUGGACCACUUGUCUUGCCUAUGUUAGCCAUCUACCUCAUUCUCAUGAUGGAAACCAUCGGCGACAUCACCGCGACCUGCGAUGUAUCCCGUCUCCAGGUAGAAGGGAAGCUCUUCGACUCCCGAAUCCAAGGUGGAAUCCUAGCAGACGGAUUUAACGGCUGUAUCGCAAGUUUAGCUACCAUCACCCCCGUUUCGACAUUCGCGCAGAACAACGGAGUCAUCGCUCUCACCCGCUGCGCCAACCGCAAAGCUGGCUACGCAGCGUGCUUCUUCCUCAUCGUCAUGGGGGUUUUCUCCAAGUUUGCUGCGGCCCUGACUGCCAUCCCAUCGUCUGUGCUUGGAGGCAUGACGACUUUCCUCUUCGCAUCCGUUGCGGUAUCGGGGCUGCGGAUCAUCGCCAGCGUGCCCUUCACUCGCCGCACCCGAUUCAUCCUUGCCUGCUCCAUGGGGCUAGGUUUAGGGGCUAUAUUGGUACCUACAUGGUUCAGUAACGUAUUCACCUACAAGGGGAACAACAGAGCCAAGUCCGGGUUCUUCGAUGCCAUCGUACUCGUUCUCGAGACUGGCUUUGCAGUCACGGGAUUUGCAGCAGUGUUACUGAACCUGCUACUCCCCGAGGAGGACGAGGCGGAGGAGACGGAGAGCUUGUCGGGAGAUCCAGGGGAGGGAGAAGCGAUUGAGCUUGCGGCUGGGCCCGUGGAGUAUAACAAGAAGGGUGAGGAGCCUAGUGGGAGUAGUGGUGUGGACGAGAGUAUAAAGACAUAA